GCAAGGGUGCAAGCGACAAUGAAGAAGAAAUUAUGCGCUUCCGGUUAGCACGAACAACGUGUAAAAUAAUUUAUUUUGGUUAAUACAUUUACGUCAUCUAGUUUGUUACACAGUUACUUCGGCAAAAUGGUUCGAAAAUUAAAAUUUCACGAGCAAAAGCUUUUGAAGAAGGUCGACUUUAUCAACUGGGAGGUAGACAACAACCUGCACGAGGUUAAAGUAUUGCGGAAGUAUCACAUCGAGAAAAGAGAAGACUACACUAAGUACAACAAGCUGAGCCGUAACAUCAGAGAUCUCGCUCAGAAGAUCCGGGAUCUGGACGAGAAGGAUGGCUUCAGAGCCCAAAGCACAAGCAAACUCCUGGAGAAGCUGUAUGGAACUGGGCUGAUCCCAACCAAACAGAACCUGGCUCUCACGGAGAAAGUCACAGCUUCAUCGUUCUGCAGGCGACGGUUGCCCACGGUGAUGGUGAACCUGCGAAUGGCUCAGAACCUGAAGAUGGCCAUCACCUUCAUUGAGCAGGGACAUGUGCGUGUGGGACCAGAGAUGGUCACAGAUCCAGCUUUUCUUGUCACCAGAAAUAUGGAAGACUUUAUAACCUGGGUUGACUCUUCGAAGAUCAAAAAGCAUGUCAUGACCUACAAUGACGAGAGAGAUGACUUUGAUCUAGUGGUGUAGACCGACCAUCAAGUCAAUGAUCAACCCUGAAGGAUGAGGCGCAUGUGCGUGUGCGUGUGUGUGUGUGUGUGUAUUUUGUACUUAUUUCUCAUUUUGACACUGCUAAUAAAAAAACAUAAUAUAACAAAUAAACAUUUCAACAUUUUAUGUACAUUUUGUAAACAAUAAACUCAACUUUUGCCAUUGUAAA